AUGGUUUGUCAGCAGAGAAGGAAGCUAGAAAACAAUUAUACGGAUUACGAGCGUUUGAGAAAACUUCUACAACUGCCAGAAAAUGAUACUAAAGAACCAGAUUGGCUGUACUUGAAGAUCGAGCGGUACGUCACAAAAAUAAUUCAGACCAUAGAUUCGGCGGUUGCAGAGGAAUGGCCUCCUUAUUUCUGCUUGGUGGAAAUUUUAAAGGAAGUUCCAGAGGCGGCUGAUUUAUCAACUUUUUCAACCUGGCGCACCAAUCUACAUAACUUUGAAGAAAAGUACGGCACUAUCAGUUUAAUCCGAAAUCAUCCCGUUGUUCCGCCAAAUCUCUCUGGCAAUGCCCUAUUGAGCAGGAAUGCUCGUCAUUAUGGGUUGAAGAAGCUCUUCCUACUCAAGAUCCGAAAUUGCAACUAG